UCCAAGCCCGGUCCUUUUAUGCAGGCAUCUCGCUGUCUGCGCUGGGCACGGAGCGGCGCGCGCGCGCCCGCCUUUCCCUCGGCGGCCCCCCGCGGCUCGGACCCGGGCCGGCAGACAGGCCAUCCAUCAUCCGCCCUCCUCCCGCCGAGCGCCGCCGCCGCGGCCAAUCCGGCGGCAGGUGGGACCGCACCUGCGGGACUGCCCGCCGCUUUCCUCCGCUCUCUUCGCCGUGCCUCGCCUGCUAGCGGUGUCCUUGUGAGCCACUGCGUUCUCCAAGGCCAGAACGGGACAGUUGACGAUGGUCCUACUUCUCCAUGUUCUGAGACCAGUUUAAACAAAAACAAAAACCAGACAACAACCUUGCAAGGGAAAGAAUUCAGAGUAAAUAAACAGUCUUUUUCUGUGAAGCAAAAUAUUUCCCUAAGAUGGGGAAAUUGAGAUGAGAGCUCAUCCACAAGAUUACCCAUCAGUGAGCACCAGUAGCAACAAAAUCCACUAGAAGACUGGGAGCUUUUACGUCAGGAAACUUACAUCAGUAUCAUCAUUCCAAGAAGCGGUAUCCAAGCUGUUUUAUCAAAAGUGUGCAUGGGAGGGAUCUCAUCAUAGAGAGAGAGACAUCUUCACCACUGCCACCAAUUUUCAAGUACGGAACUCUUCCUCGUUGUAAUCAAACUAUUUCUAUGAACAAUUCACUCACCAUUGUGGGGAAGUCUAUUUUUCUUCUUAACAAACAAACAGACAACAACAAAAUUUGUGAUUUGGAUAAUCUGGAUCUGAUUUUCAUGCUCAAAAUGGAGGCAAUUCAUAAUACUGGUCUGAAGCAUUUAGUCAUUCAUUGAGCAGAUACGUUAGGAGCAACAGGCAUGGGCUGUGUUUUUCUAGGCACUGUGAACACAGCAGUCAACAAAGUCAAAAACCUCUGCUUUUAAGGGACAUGAAUUGCCACAUGGAAACACUAAGUUUCUCUAUUUAUAACCUAAAGCUAGUCAAAUCUCUCCAGAAGUAAGGUAGCUGAGUGAAGUGGUUCAUGAUCUUUCCAUGGAAGCCAAAUCUUCUGUGCUUUACCUCUUUUAGAUAAAUGAUAGUAAAAAUGAAUCAAAAGUUAAUUAGUUUGCACCUCAAUAAUCCAGUCUCCAUCACUGAUGGUCAUCAUGGAAUCUGCGUACAGAGGCAACUGUAUACAGAUGACAGAGGCAGCUCUAACACGUGACAUAUUUAGACACACAGAGGCGGAAGGACAUAAAGUUCCUGUUUGAUUUCCCUUUGGUGUUUGUGGGGAAAUAUCAAGGUCAUAAAAAGUCAGUUUCUAAUAAUCCCUCCAGUCCUCCAUUCCAUUCCCUAAUUUGUAUGCAAUGGCAUUUAACAUUUUGACUUUGCUUAAAAUAAUAUGUGUGUUUGUUUUAAAA